CACAUCAAUGCAAAGGUUUGAAAGCGUUGAAGGCAGAGCGGAGAGCGAGGCGGAACGGCUGCCCGGGGGUUUGGACUUACUUUAGAUCUUACGGGGAUUUCUCCAUCUCCAGAAGCUCCGCUGUCCCCCCAGGACCCCUCUCCACCAAAGCCGGUUCCUUGUCUAAAUAUACAAAAAUGGAUUUAUCCUGCCCUGCUGUCCUCCGGCAGGUUGCAGGCACUUACUGCCGACACCGCUGGAACAGUUAAAGGUAUUUCGGCAGCUUUUGGUUAAAAACAAGAGUUUUCCCUUCGGAUCUGGGGUGUGGAGGGAGUGUUUUAAUUACAGCCCUCGGGGAAGGCUGGCUCGGAGCCGGGCUUCCCCGGGAACACACAGAGCUGGGGGGCUGGCACCCCCUCCUGGUGUGCGCUCAGACUGCGGGCGGGUAGGGGCUGCGAUGGGAAUAACCACCGCUUACAUCUGAACUGACGGACAAAGCGUCGGGGUUAAAAUGCUGCCGUUAAUGGCUGGGGCUUAUCUGGAGCUUCUGUGGGUGAGUGUGGCUUUUCCUUCAUUUACAAGUGUGCGCGCUUGUUGUGCUGUAACUUCCAGGCAAGUUUUGAAGGGACAAAAUGACACGCAGCUUUGUUCCCGUAUCUCCUGCUUUCCAGAAACACCCGACUGCUCUCCUGCACUGCAUCACUUCUCACACCCUCUGGGACACUUAGAAAAACCAAAACGGGGGAGCAUACAUGGGAAAACACGGAAAAUGGGUUUAAGCCAGAUUUAUUUUGUGACUUGGUUUCAUUCAAGUAUUUAUGACACCAUCAACGGCCAAGAAUUUGGGAAGAACGCUGUGAAGUGGAUGGAAGGUUAUCUGAGGGGAGUCCCACACAGCACUGGCAGCACCGGCUGCACAGAUUGGAGGUUGGAGCAUCCCGGGUUGUUUGCAGUAGAUCAGAAUAGUUCCAGAGUGGCACGAAAGCCCUGCAGAAAAGGCUUCCUUCCUGUGAGGAGCAGCCUGCAGCAGGACAGGGCUGGGGAGCAGCUACAGACACUGGGUUCUGCUGUUUCUUGUUCAGUGCUCCUCCGCUGGAGCUCACUGCCCAACAGAUCCUCAGCAGCAGUCACCAACACCUUCCUUGAGAAUGAGACUUUUGGGUUUCCUCUUUCCCCCCACACCCUCUUUUUCUCUUGUAUUACACUUCAAGGUUUAGAUGUUAACUCACCACUGCAAGUCAGACAGAAACCCUUCACCCCUUGCUUGUGCCCAGCUACCAGGCACAGAGGAGCAAACCCAUGGGCAUGGGCUCAGUGGAAGGAGACAAGGAAGGAUUACAGGGUUUUAAUAAAAUCAGUUCAUUCUUUUUCCAGGCUGGGACGUGGGAUAAUUCCCUUCCUUGAAAUCCUCAGCACAGUUGAGAAGCCAGCACCAACUCUCCCGUUCCCAUUACAGCUAAUGGACUGAGGUCAGCCACAUCCAAACUUGUAAUGAAUUCUGUAUGUGCAUGCAGCCACUUGUUUUCCCAUUAAAAAAAUAAAAGGAUAAAAUUACAAGUCAGUAAUUACAGCUGCUGUGAUUGCAGUUCGGGAGCACCCCUCCUGUAAUGGCAUCAGUUGUGUCUUCUCAAUUUUACAGCUUCCCCAGCAUCCUCUUGUGCACCAUUAUAUGUAUGUGGUGCACCUUUCCCACUCUCUCCCACCAUUAAUUCUUGGAUUCUUAGUGAUCACUGUUUGUAUUGCUUAUUUUGCAAGCCUGUCUAUAGUGUCUAAUUAUGUGUUUGAAAUAAUAUUAUGUAAUUUUUAAUAAAGCUAAUGACAAUGUUUAGAAUAUAUGA